ACGCAGCCAGUGGAGCUCCAGGCUCUGUGGAGGACUUUCUAAAGAUGCUGUCUUUCAUUCCUGGGAGCUGAAGAAAACCGAUGGAUAUCUGGAGCUCUGCCUCGAUGCGCAGUGGGAAAGUUUGGCUCAGUUUGCGCCUCUGGAAUAUCCAUGUUAUCAUGUGAGGAGCUGGAGAACACAGUGGUAUGAUGUCCCUCGAUGUGCCAUGUUUCCGCUGUGUCCUCCUGCUCAGGAACGCGACCCAUGGGAUGUAGUAAAUGGAGAGCUGCGUUCAACUUUGGACACCUGAAGGCGCAGUCCAAGCUGUCCCUCUUCUUCACCAUGAUUGUUCUCUUUACUUACCUCCUCUACUGCCUCAACGAAUGCUGCGACUCACAUCCAAGACCCGUUUACGAAAACGGACCGGUGUCCAGCAGAGAUGGUCCAGAAGGAGCGCAGCCUCUCGAUGCGCACAGCGCGUCUUCCGCGUCGCUCGUCCGGAAGCAGCUGUCGGACUCCCCGAACGGCAUCCAGCCUUUCUACAACAUCUCUAUAGCCAAUAAUUUCGGCAGCAAGACGCUUCCCCAGGCCAUCAUUAUCGGGGUGAAGAAGGGUGGCACUCGCGCUCUGCUGGAGUUUCUGCGCGUCCAUCCGGACGUCAGAGCCGUGGGCGCAGAGCCGCACUUCUUCGACCGCUUCUACGACAAGGGACUGGAAUGGUACAGGAACUUGAUGCCUCGUACUCUGGAGGGUCAGAUCACCAUGGAAAAGACUCCAAGCUACUUCAUAACCAAAGAAGCUCCUCGGCGUGUCCACUCCAUGAGCCGCCAUACUAAACUCAUUGUGGUGGUGCGAGACCCCGUGACCCGGGCUAUUUCUGAUUACACCCAGACGCUGUCCAAGUCGCCCGGGCUCCCAUCAUUCCAGAGCCUGGCCUUCUGCAACACCACCACAGGGCUCAUCGACACAUCCUGGAGCGCCAUACGCAUUGGCAUAUAUGCCAAGCAUCUGGAGAACUGGCUUCGUUACUUUCCUCUGUCACGUUUCCUUUUUGUUAGCGGCGAACGUCUUGUGACGGACCCGGCGGGGGAGAUGGGCAGAGUCCAAGACUUUCUGGGUCUGAAACGUGUGGUGACAGACAAGCACUUCUACUUUAACCAAACCAAAGGUUUCCCGUGCCUGAAGAAGCCCGAGGGCAGCAGCAGGCCACGCUGCCUGGGGAAGUCAAAGGGCAGAGCCCAUCCUCUGAUAUCAAACGAGGUCCUGCUCAGGCUCAGAGACUUCUACAGACCCUUUAACCUCAAGUUCUACCAGAUGACUGGCCAUGAUUUUGGCUGGAGCUGAUCUGCUGCCCACCAAAGGUCCUAAAACCUGCCAAUGCAAUUCCUGCUUUGUGAGGCUUUUCCAAAGAAACCUGUGUCUUUAAGGUCCUAAGCUUAGAAACUUACUUUAUUCUGAAAAUUCUUGAGCCGUUAAGCAAAACUGAAGUCCUAAACAGAACCACUGAGACAAGCACACAACUUUUUUGACUGUGACUGGAAUCCCUAAGCUUAUGGAGGAGCUGCUGGCUUCUUUUAAAAGCUCAAAGUAUGAAAAGGUGUAAGUGCCAGCUGUCCUUUAGCAGCAUAGUUUCCAAUUGAAAGCUUUGAUGCCACAGUUAAUCUGUAGGUCAAAGGGCUGAAUAACUUUGACAGGCUCAUUCAAACCAAGAACUUUUUCUUUUUUUUAAUGGUACUGUCAUAACAAAUGCAAACAUGUUGGCUGCUCACCUCUGAGUGAAUAAUUCACCAUGUCUACAUUUUAAUGGAGCAUUUUUGUGCUUUACAUGUCAAUAUAAGAGCAUUUGAUGUUCUGUUUUGCUUUUAUUUCUCUUUAGGAUUUGUAACAAGGAUUCACUUUUUUGUUUAAAGAAGAACCAGUCAUGCAACAUGUAGCCUGCAACACAUAUCAAUGCUCUUUAUGUCUCCAGGGUAAUGCUUUGCAUAUUAACAGACCUGAAAGAAAAUAUUUCCAACUUUUUUCUCUCUCUCUCUUAUCUUCCCAUAUAUGCAGCUGUGUAUUUUUGUAAAACCUAAUUUAUUAUAAAACCAACUGAUGUAGAGAUGUUUUUCUCUGACGUUUUUGUAUCUGAUUUUCUUUCUUUUGUCAAAUUCUGACUAAAAUGUUCUUAUUCUGACACAUGUUUUAG